AAGGGCGAGAAAGCCUAUGUUUGCAAGAUUUCACCUCCCCGGCCACCACGCCAAGUCCGCAAGAUCCAAAGCCAAGGAACAGGAGGGGUCAGGACUCAGCUGGUAUUUGUUAGCGCCCGGCAUUCAGAAAUUGUCGGCAGAGCUUUCAUCGCUGCGGGGGUGCGGCACGUGGUGGCAAUGAAGUGGGACGCCAAGGUCUCGGACCGCGCCGCCUGCAUUUUCGCCGAAUUCUUCUAUUUGUCGAUUGCCAUGGGACGGACUGUGCGGCAGGCCUUCGAAGUAGCCAGCACGGCAGCGGUGACAGAGACGGGGGUCUCGUCAGAGGAUGAGCAGUUUCUCUUGUUGCCGGCGGACGGGGAGCACGACCUAGCCGUGUUUGACGACGCGGAGAUGGGCGAGUUCGUAGACGAAUCGCCCCCUCCCGUUCCUAACACAUGUGAUCCCCCCCCCGUCCCAUUUGUCGGGCGAAAUGUGGCAGCGCAAGAAGUCAUAGGACUGCUCUCGAUGGUCUCCCAGGGAAACCGCUGCAUCACUGUGCGGGGCCGGCCGGGGGUAGGGAAGACCGCCCUGGCCUCGAAGGUCUGCCAGUAUCUGGCCGAGCGAAACCAAUUCGAUGCUAUUUAUAUGGUUCCGUUGCGCCGAAAAGAGUAUCGAUCUUACGAGAAGGAAACGCUCUGCAAGGUGAUUGGCGCGGCGAUAGGCUUCGAGGACGCUUCGAACGAGAGAGAGAUCGUCUUCCUUUUGCAGGAUAAGCAUCCUUCUGGCCGCGUUAUCAUGGUGUUGGAUGGGCCAGAUCGCUUCUUCAAUCGUUCCAACUCCCUCGUCCAAGUCCUCAGCUACUUGCUUUCGCGGAUACACGGUCUCCAUCUGCUCGUCACCGCGGAGGGCUCCGUUUUGGGAAGCGGUUCGGGGCGCUUGGAAAGCUCAUCCGAGAAAGUGGUGCACCUGGGACCGUUGUCUGAUGUAGCCACCGCACAUAUGCUUGCAAACAUCGCCCCGCCUGGCUUUGAUUUGGAGGAGAUGAUGAGCAGGCCGUAUGCGACGAGGGAGGAGGCGUACGCGGAACUAGCGGCUUCUCCUGUCAUACGAGAGCUGCGGGGUCAUCCAAAGGCGAUCGUCAUGUUCGCUCCUCUUCUGGAGGAUCAUCGGUUGGAAGAUUUGUACGACAAAGCCAAGCAAAAUGUUAACCUCCCG